CGAGACUUCGUAAGUUCUCGCCGCUUGACCGAAACUGUCAUGGCGGACUACCGAGAGGCGCCCUUGGCUACACGGCCGAAGACACUGGACCCCAAUGAGUACUAUAACCUUUCUCCGGAGUACCGACGUGCCCAGGAAGAACGGGCAGCACUCCGAGCCCAAAUGAAGCGACAUUACCAGCUGCAGCUGAACAACCCGCAUCGAAAGGAGCUCAUUGAAGACCCUGCGUUGCAACGCUGGUUGUACGCUCGCAACAACCCUUACAAGCACUUCAGAAACAACAAAAAGACAUCUCUGCUGGGCGUAUUUUUUGGAAUUGCUCCUGUCUUCGUCUUCUACUACAUCAUCAAGAAAGAUCGGGAGAAUAGAGAGCAGCGUAUUAGAGAUGGAACUCUGGUACGCAAGUUCAGCUUGUCAUCUUGAGUUCUGUACAAAGACCUCCUGCUGUGUGUGUCCUCUCAUGUUUGUGCGCAUACUGGUAAUUUAUAUAUCAAAAUAAACUUAAGCUGUCAUAAACACUCA